AUGUCUGACCGUAGAUAUAUCGAGGCACGACGUAGAAUCAGUGAAGGCUGCAUCGCGCGCAAGUCCCCCAUUCUCGGCGUCGAUACAGUCACUUUCCAGCCAAAAGGUAGAAUCGAUGCGAACGAGGACCGCCUAGUAACCGAAACCUGGGAUAUUCAUGGCCAGCGCUGGUUUGCUCUUGCUGUCUUCGACGGUCAUUUGGGCACCACCACGGUGGACUACUGCGCGCAGACUCUCCCCGAGGCUAUCCAAACAAGGCUAAAGGACUUCGUCCAGAGCAUCGGCGGGCACCUGGACCGUGGCAAUAUUGCCGCGCACGAAGCCUAG